UAAUUAGAAAUUUAAUUUCCAGUUCUUUCUCUCGACUGUGUUGCUUGAUUCUCUGAUCAAAAUCCAAUAGAGGGUUUGGCCUUGUUUGGAUAAUAAAAGAAAUAGGAAUGAAAAAAGAGAGUGGUGCUGUUUAAAUUAAUUUAAAAAAAAAGACAUAACUUAAGUUAUUUGAUGGAAUUAAAAAGCAAGUAAAAAGAAAAGAAUCAUCCCCAAUUGACUCCAUUGUAAAUCCGUUAUACAAACAAGGGUUAAGGGUUUUACAGAGAUACAGAAAGAGAGAGAUAGAAGAUGGCGAUUUCGCAGGAGCUAUACCCAUCGGAAGAUGACCUCCUUUACGAAGAAGAGCUUCUUCGAAACCCUUUCAGCCUCAAACUAUGGUGGCGUUACCUCAUCGCUCGUUCAGAAGCUCCGUUCAAGAAGCGCUUCGUCAUCUACGAAAGAGCCCUCAAAGCACUUCCCGGAAGCUACAAGCUUUGGCACGCUUACCUUCGCGAACGCCUCGACCUGGUUCGCAACCUCCCAGUCACUCACUCUCACUACGACACACUAAACAACACCUUCGAACGCGCCCUUGUCACAAUGCACAAAAUGCCCCGAAUUUGGAUCAUGUACCUCCAAACCCUAACGCAACAAAAAUUGGUCACUCGCACUCGCAGAACCUUCGAUAGAGCUCUCUGCGCUCUCCCUGUUACCCAGCACGAUCGCAUUUGGGAACCCUAUCUCAUUUUCGUUAGCCAGAAGGGUAUUCCCAUUGAAACUUCUCUUCGUGUUUAUCGGAGGUACUUGAAAUACGACCCUUCUCAUAUUGAAGAUUUCAUUGAGUUUUUGCUUAAUUCUAGUCUAUGGCAAGAGGGUGCUGAGAGGUUGGCUUCGGUUCUGAAUGAUGAUCAGUUUUUUUCAAUUAAGGGUAAAACCAAGCAUAGGUUGUGGUUAGAGCUCUGUGAUCUGCUCACUCGGCAUGCUAAUGAGGUUUCUGGGUUGAAUGUGGAUGCCAUUAUUAGGGGUGGGAUUAGGAAAUUCACUGACGAGGUGGGUAGACUUUGGACUUCGCUUGCUGAGUAUUACAUUAGGAGGGGUUUGCAUGAGAAGGCGAGGGAUGUGUUUGAAGAGGGAAUGUCCACUGUUAUUACUGUUAGGGAUUUUAGUGUUGUGUUUGAUUCCUACUCGCAAUUUGAAGAGAGUAUGCUUGCUUAUAAAAUGGAGGAGAUGGGCUUGAGUGAUGAGGAGGACGAUGGGGAAGAAAAUGGGGUUGCGGAGGAGGAGGAGGAGGAGGAAGAUAUUCGUUUCAGAGGAAGAUUGUUGGAGGAGGACUUUGAGAGGAAGAUUUUACGUGGGUUUUGGUUGAAUGACAAGAAUGACAUAGACUUGAGAUUGGCUCGAUUUGAUUACCUUAUGGAAAGGAGGCCAGAAUUGGCUAACAGUGUGCUGUUGCGGCAAAAUCCUCAUAAUGUAGAACAGUGGCACCGAAGGGUGAAGCUUUUUGAAGGUAAUCCUACGAAGCAGAUAUUGACUUACACUGAAGCAGUGAGGACAAUUGAUCCCAUGAAGGCAGUAGGAAAGCCUCAUACUUUGUGGGUUGCUUUUGCUAAACUGUAUGAGCAGCACAAAGAUCUUGCCAAUGCUCGUGUCAUAUUUGAUAAGGCAGUGCAGGUGAACUACAAAACUGUGGAUAAUCUGGCUAGUGUCUGGUGUGAGUGGGCAGAAAUUGAGUUAAAGCAUAAUAAUUUCAAAGGAGCACUUGAGCUGAUGAGGCGGGCUACAGCAGAACCAUCAGUUGAGGUCAAGAGAAGAGUGGCCGCUGAUGGAAAUGAACCAGUUCAGAUGAAGCUGCAUAAGUCUUUGAGAUUGUGGAGCUUUUAUGUUGAUUUGGAGGAAAGCCUGGGUACUUUGGAGUCUACUCGGGCAGUUUAUGAGCGGAUAUUGGAUUUACGAAUAGCCACUCCACAAAUAAUAAUCAAUUAUGCUUAUUUUCUUGAGGAGCAUAAAUACUUCGAAGAUGCUUUUAAAGUUUAUGAAAGAGGUGUGAAGAUAUUUAAGUAUCCCCACGUUAAAGAUAUAUGGGUUACAUAUCUAUCUAAAUUUGUGAAGAGAUAUGGAAAGACAAAAUUGGAGAGAGCGAGGGAGCUAUUUGAAAAUGCAGUUGAAUCGGCCCCAGCUGAUCAAGUGAAACCUCUUUAUCUGCAAUAUGCUAAGCUGGAGGAGGACUAUGGACUAGCCAAGCGAGCUAUGAAGGUUUAUGACCAAGCAACAAAGGCCGUUCCUAACAAUGAGAAGUUAAGCAUGUAUGAAAUAUAUAUUGCUCGUGCAGCUGAGAUAUUUGGUGUACCCAAAACACGGGAGAUCUAUGAGCAAGCAAUUGAAUCUGGUCUUCCAGACAAGGAUGUCAAAAUUAUGUGUUUGAAGUAUGCUGAGCUGGAAAAAAGCUUGGGAGAAAUUGAUCGGGCCCGUGGAAUAUAUGUAUUUGCCUCUCAGUUUGCAGAUCCACGAUCUGAUCCAGAGUUUUGGAAUAAGUGGCAUGAGUUUGAGGUUCAGCAUGGAAAUGAAGAUACUUUCAGAGAAAUGCUUCGUAUUAAGCGGAGUGUCUCUGCCAGCUACAGUCAGACACAUUUUAUACUGCCUGAGUAUUUGAUGCAAAAGGAUCAAACUGUGAAUCUUGACGAGGCCAAAGACAAAUUGAAACAGGCUGGGAUCCCUGAAGAUGAAAUGGCUGCUUUAGAAAGGCAAUUAGCCCCAGCAGCUGAAAAUACAGUGACAAAAGAGAGAAAAGUUGGGUUUGUGAGUGCAGGAGUGGAAUCAGAGUCUGAUGGAGGGCUAAAAACUAGUGCAAAUCAUGAGGAUAUUGAGCUACCAGAAGAAAGUGACUCUGAUGAUGACGAUGAUAAGGUUGAAAUUGCACAAAAAGAUGUUCCUUCUGCUGUUUUUGGUGGUUUGAUUAGAAAGAGAGACGAAAAUGAAAAUAAUGGCGAAGUAGAUGGUGCAAAAGACAAGGAUAAUGAAAAUCGGCUUGGUGCCCUUGAGAGAAUAAAGAGGCUAAAACGAAAUUAAAUAUUGGGUCAGUAUUUCUAAGGAAUUUUUGAUAGCGCGAAAUUAGUUUUGAUGUUUGUAUUUUGUAUUAACAUCAAUCUUAACCAGAGUUGUUUAACUGUAUUUUAGACGUGUAUAUCGUACAGUAAGUUGUAUUUCUAUUCCUUACAAAUUAAAUUUAUUUUCACCUUUAGGCCACAGAAUUGCGACCAAAAUUGAUGUGUUCUAGUUGAAGAGGUGACUGACUGCACUGUUAAGAUGUUAGUAGUUAAUACCAAUUAAUACGAUAUACAAUUUUAUCCACGCAUGAAAAUUUUCUGGGCAUUCGAAACAAUGAACAGUGGAGGAGUAAGAGCCUCUGUCUCU